AUGAGGAUAAUGGAGGCGCACGGAGAUGGCCAGACACUAGAUUCAUGGGGAGGUUGUUACGAAUUCGGUACGCGACCUGAUGAUUGUAUAGACAAGGUCGUCGAUGGCACUUGUGACGCCGUGAUCCAAGAGGCUAUCAUGACUCCUUGGUGGAGUGACCUGAUCGACGGGAACAAAGUCAUUCCUAUUCCAUUCGAAGCGGAGGCGCUGGUCAAACCAAAGGGCCAACACGGUUUUGAGCCGGCCACCAUGCCAACUGGGCUUUGGAAGGGCGUCAACUACGAAGUUGCAACAACCGACUUAGCGGACUUCGUGCUCAUAGUCCAGGAAGACUUGCCUGAGGAUAGUGCCUACUUGCUUACCUGGUGUUUGGUUGAGACGAGACAUCUGCUGGAGAAUCAGUACAAGCACGUACCCUCGGAAAGGAGUCCGCUGACUUAUCCGCUGGACCCUAAUGCUAUGGCCAAGCCGUCACUCCCAUUGCACCCUGGGGCGGAAAAAUACUACUCGAAUCAGGAGAUCCUUGAUAGUCAUCGGAGCCAUGCAGUUAUGGCAGCUCGUUUGGGAUCAUCCAGUUCUGUGAACUGUUCCUCCGAAUUGGGUGUUCAGGCGAGGCCGUCAGUUCACGGAUGCUGCUCAUUCUUCUGCGGUCCGGUAGCCCCAACCAGUUACAGCGUAAUCCGGCUAAUGUGCUCCAGCAUCAAUAUUGCUACCCAGUUAUGCUAUCACCAUGAGUGUAUUUCCGCAUUACCAUGUUUCAGAAGCCUGCUUCAGUCCCACAAGGCUGGCGAACCCCACAAUCGUCUAGCUUUCGGAUAUAACCAUGCCGCAACCCGGUGA